CGCAGUUACACAGCUCAUCUACCCCUCCUUCCCCUCACUUCCGAGACUACUACAGUUGGCACCAUCACCACCGCAUCUGGCGCAAUCACGCGGCAAUCGCACGUCUUCCCCUUGGCCUCGCAUACAACCCGCAAAUCACAGCCACGAGCAUACUUUCUCGUCCGAGUACUACAACUGAGGGGCCUUGUUAUCACGAGCUAUACUGACACGGGAGAAAAUAGUGCAAGUUGCACAUUACACAUACCAGAUACCCACUGUGCGACGCUUUAUAAACUCACCACCCUGGCCUUCUUACCGUUUACAUAACUACUAUAUUUUCCACUUCCCUCAAUCAAGAUCGACUAUCCUAAUUAUUCAUCAAAUAUUGCAACCAUGGGCUCCGCCGAGAAAAAACAACUCAUCCUCAAUGCCUUCGCCAUGCAAUCGCCCUCGCACCUGAACCCAGGUUUGCACCGCUACCCCAAAGACCAAGGCCACAGUUACACCUCCCUGCAGAGCUGGAUCCGCGUUGCACAGAAGCUCGAGGCGGCCAAAUUCCACGCUAUAUUCUUCGCCGACGUCCUCGGCGGCUAUGACGUCUACAAGGGUCCCGCGAACCUCGAUCCGACUAUUCCUGCGGGCGCGCAGUUCCCGAUUAAUGAUCCGCUGUACAGUAUCCCCGCUAUGGCGGCUGCUACUGAGACGAUUGCUUUUGGUGUGACUGCGUCGACGACAUACGAUGCGCCGUACGCGAUGGCGAGACGCUUCUCUACUGUUGACCAUUUAUCGAAUGGUCGGGUGGGAUGGAACAUCGUCACGUCGUAUUUGGAGUCUGCGGCAAGGAACUUCGGAUUGAAUACCCAGAUUGAACAUGAUGAGCGGUAUCGCAUUGCGGAUGAGUAUCUCGAUGUGACGUAUAAAUUGUGGGAGGGGUCAUGGCGCGAUGGGGCUGUGUAUAAAGGGGAUGAUCGCGAUGGGGUGAAGGGGUAUGCGGACCCUAAGGCUGUGAGGCAGAUUCAUCACAAGGGGAAGUACUUCAAUGUCCCUGGACCGCAUCUGUGUGAGCCGAGUCCGCAGCGGACGCCGUUCUUGUUGCAGGCUGGUACGUCGUCGGCGGGUAAGGCGUUCGCGGCGAAGCAUGCCGAGGCGAUCUUUUUGAAUGGGCAGACGCCUGAGCUGGUCAGGCCGAGUGUUGAUAGUGUGCGGGAACAGGCGAAGGCGCUGGGACGCGAUCCUGCGGGGAUUAAGAUUGUCGCGGGUGUGUUGGUGAUCGUUGCGGAGACGGAUGAGGCCGCGCAGGCCAAGUUCGAGGAGUAUGCGAGGUAUGGAGAUCGCGAAGGCGCGUUGGCGCUGUUUGGAGGCUGGUCUGGGUAUGAUCUGUCGACAUACGAUGAUGAACAGGAUUUCCGAUUCGUGGAGCAGCCGGCGGUGCGGAGUAUGGUUAAUCACUGGGCCAGUACGGUGCCGGGGAUGGAGGGGAAGAAGUGGAACAAGAAGACCAUUGCGGAUUAUUUGAUUAUGGGCGGCAAUGGAUGCAAGAUUAUUGGCGGGCCCAAGACAGUCGCGGAUGAGUUGGAGAGGUGGGUGGAGGUUGCUGAUGUCGAUGGGUUUAAUCUCAGCUACGCCAGCAUUCCUGAGACGUUUGACGAUAUUAUCCAGUAUCUCGUGCCCGAGCUGCAGGCACGCGGUAUCUUCCACACGGAUUAUGCAGUCAAGGGCGGGACCAUGCGUGAGAAUAUGACCGAGCAGAAGGGUCAGACGAGAUUGCCUGAGUCGCAUCCGGGCGCAAAGUAUUUCUGGCGUGAGGGCGAGGAGGUGCCUAAGUAUGCGGAAGGUCAGUGAGACGGGUCGACAAAAUGUAACGAUAAGCAGAGAAUGAGAUGAAACUGUCGAGUAUGCUUCUCUAUGCGUGUGGUAGACUCAGUGUGAUCUUAGCUUCCAAUUCGACUGGGAAAUUGUCAGUCGACCUCGGAUUAGCCCGAUAAACAAGAAAUCUGAAAGAUAAGGGCUCCGCGUACAUCACCCUUGGACGUAAAUCUCUCAGAGGAUAAGGUCGAU